CGAAUCCAGGAAGUGUUUUGCUCUCACAAAGCGGAAGCGAAUAAUUUAGUGGACCUGAAACUGUUCUGGGGGGAAUUGUUUACGGAGCGAAAGACACGCAUAAUUAUUAUAUAUCGGGUGUGUGGAGUGGGUCCUGCCCUUCUUUCUUGGACCCGAACACGCUGCUGUGGCACGAUCCAUCUGGUGUCCCCAUCCAGUAGUGUGAUCGCUGCCAUCUGCUGAUCCUCCCAAUCAGCACCAGUCUUUACACAUCGCUGACCUGUAGUUUUUCUGACUACCAAUGGCUGGGCGUGGUGGUGGAGCCACUAGGCCUAAUGGUGCCGCGGCAGCAAACAAGAUCUGCCAGUUCAAGCUGGUGCUGCUGGGGGAAUCGGCCGUGGGCAAGUCCAGCUUGGUGCUGCGCUUCGUCAAAGGCCAGUUCCAUGAAUUCCAGGAGAGCACUAUUGGAGCUGCUUUCCUCACUCAGACGGUCUGUCUGGACGACACCACUGUGAAGUUUGAGAUCUGGGACACAGCAGGUCAGGAGCGAUACCACAGCCUCGCCCCAAUGUACUACAGAGGCGCUCAGGCAGCCAUCGUGGUAUACGACAUCACCAACACAGACACAUUUGCACGUGCAAAAAACUGGGUGAAGGAGCUUCAAAGGCAGGCCAGUCCCAACAUAGUGAUAGCUCUGGCAGGCAACAAGGCAGACAUCGCUGACAAGAGAGCAGUGGAAUUUCAGGAGGCACAAACUUAUGCUGACGACAAUAGUUUGCUCUUCAUGGAAACUUCAGCCAAGACUGCGGUGAAUGUCAAUGAAAUCUUUAUGGCCAUUGCAAAGAAGCUUCCAAAGAACGAGCCCCAGGGCGGAGCGGGACAAGGGGGGCGGACAAGGACCGGGGUCGAUCUACAAGAGGCGAGCCCGCCAAGCCGCAGCAGCCAGUGUUGCGGGGGUCAUUAGCAAGUGCAAAACGACGAACUUAGGGAAUGAGCCGUGAACAUCGUUUUAAGGACAACAUGUAGCUAAAACGCAGCCAGACGGGAGAGGGCAGAGGCUCUCGCUUCUCCUGUACUUAAUCUGAUAUUACAGAUGUGAUUAUCUGGAUCCUCUUUGAUUAAAAGAACUUUAACAAGAA